AUGCCUAAUUACCCUUCAGCACCACCAGAUGUACAAUGUUCAGAUGAGGAAGAUGGUUUUAUGCAGCAAUCAGAACUCCAGUGCCAACCCCUUGUGAUAUGGAGCAGUUUGGACUAUCCAACAAUGAUUGCCAUGGGUCCUUACAUCUGCAUUGCAGUUCUUUCGUUCCUCUUUGGUACAAGCAUGACAAAAGAACGCAAAAUGCUCCAGUUUGGCCAAUGUGAACUGAGUGGAAUAUCUUUCCGAGAACUAAAUACCUAUUUUGAUGAAAUCAAAGAAACUAUCCAAACCCAGGAUAACAGGACUGACGUGAUACUGCUGAAGGAAAGUGUCCUGCUACAUACUCCAGUGUCAGAGAGCUGCUGCUUACUCCGCCACUUGCUAAGAUUUUACAUUGAAAGUGUUUUCAGGCACUAUGAAGCAACAAGCAACACACUUAAAAGGAAAACCAGCCCUUUAGCAAACACCUUCCUCCACAUUAAGACAACUCUGAGACAGUGU